CGGAGUAAGCUUAUCAAGAAUAAUUGUUCAAUCAGACAAGAUCUUAGUUGGAAUGAGAAGAGAAGUUGUUGAGUCGGUGAGCACCAAUGCUUCUAAUGAAAGGGUUCACGUGGCUCCCAAGAUAGCUGCAGAGGAAGAAGAUUAUGAGGUGAAAGAAUGCACUGAGGAGAAUUCUCUCUCUCUGAAUCAUAAAUCUUCUAAUAAAAUCAUAGAGAAUGAUUUGAAGAAGAAGCAUUUGGAUGAAGAAGAUGAUUGUUCUGUCGCUUCUUCGGUGAAGAAUGCUAAGUCUAAAGUAACUCAUGGAACCGCUCCACGAUUUAGGAGUGCUCAGCGCGCUGAGAAACGCAAAGAGGAAGAACAAGAAGCAGCCAUUAAACAGCUUCGGAAAAACCUUAAGUUUAAGGCUAAUCCCGUUCCCGACUUCUAUUACCAAGGACCUCCAGUGAAACCAGAGCUUAAAAAGUUUCCUUUGACGCGUCCUAAGUCGCCGAAACUCAAUCUGUCCCGGAGAAAGAGCUGUAGCGAUGCGAUUACCUCGUCUGGUGAAGAGAAUUCGAAGUCACAGAACCGCCACAGCGUGGUAGAAUAGGGUUGAAAGCUAUGAAUGUGAAUGAUUGCUCUCAAGAAGCUUCCAUGGAGGAAGAAGUUUACAUAAACUAAUUUUACUAUC